UUCUUUCUCUUUAUGGGCGCCAAUCGAACGUGUAUAUUCCGUGAUAAACAAAUUAUAAAUCGCAGUCAUGGUGCGUAUGAACGUUCUCAGUGAUGCUCUAAAGUCCAUCAACAAUGCCGAGAAACGUGGGAAGCGGCAGGUAUUGUUGAGGCCCUGCUCCAAAGUGAUUGUCAAAUUCUUGACUGUCAUGAUGAAGCAUGGAUACAUAGGAGAGUUUGUUGUGGAUGACCACCGCAGUGGAAAAGUGGUAGUGAAUCUUACUGGGAGAUUAAAUAAAUGUGGUGUUAUCUCUCCCAGAUUUGAUGUACCAAUCAAUGACAUUGAGAAAUGGACUAACAAUCUUUUACCUUCUCGACAGUUUGGAUAUGUCGUAUUGACCACUAGUGGAGGAAUCAUGGAUCAUGAGGAAGCUAGGGAACAUCUUGGAGGGAAAAUACUUGGAUUCUUCUUUUAAUUUUGUUUUUAAAUAAAGAUGUAAGAACAAAAACCUUA